AUGAGAUCCUUCAAUAAGAUACUCCCGUUAUUCAAGAAUGAUAUAUCUCUUUCCUCCCUUCUCAAACAAGCAAGGAAUGUGAACCUUGUUGACACCGCGUUCUUCCUCCUCACAGAAGGAAAAACAGACAUAGUGUUUGAUGGAGUUGUUGGAGGUUCCAGCCAUGGUAGAACCACAACUGAUGGUGGAGAUCAUGUUGAUCUGCCUUUGGUGAGGGUUAGGUGGGGGUGGGAGGUUGUGCACAUAUUUAUCCAGCUUCCCUUCACGAAUAAGUCCUUGAAUAAUAUUGGGCAAGGCAACACAAGAUUUGGUAUCAUGGCUACUGAACUGAUGAAAGUGGCAAAAGACACCUGUGUUUGGCAUAGGCUUGUUGGACGGUCUCCGCGGGGGGGGGGGGGGCUUCACCACCAACCUAGGCUUGGGUGUGAAGGGGAGUGGGGCACGAUCACUUGUCCUGGGAGGGUUUCUUUCACUGGGCUGGUGGUGGUUGCCAUGUCUGCCCCGCUUGCUACUGCUGAAGGUAGGCUGGUAGCUAUCCUUCCUUUUGAGAUUAACGGGGAUAGGAAUAGGGUCUUGCUGACGGUCCAAGAGACAGUCUCUACAAUCUUUGUAAACCUUCACCGGUUCAUGGGGCUAAUCCUUAGGCAGGGAGAUGUGAAGGAGCCGCGACUUGGUUGUUUCCAGAUGGAGAGGGCCUUUACCCUUGCUGAGCCUAGAUUAGACUGGGGCACUAUGGCGGGAGUGCACCGGCUGGUUUGGCUGGGUAUAUGCUCAGCAUCCUGGGUGAAGUCACGUUGGGAGCCCUGGGCCUGA